AUCAAUCAGCACAGCCCACACAGCCCACAGCCCUCCCUCCCACGUCACAUGGGAAGAGACGUCCAUUCUGCUGCCAUUCCAAACAGUAGAUGCCACAGAAAACGGGCCACUUUGUCUGUUCGGACGAAACAAAGCAACGUCAAAACCCUAGUCUCACUUACCCGCUACGCAACUUAAAAAGAUCCAGCGCAACAAGAUUUCAAGCGAACGAUCUGGAAAUUAGAUUGGCCUUACUUUAUAAGCAAGCCACAGGAAACGGAGAUGGGAAACAUCUGCGGCAAAUCGGACAGCGACAACUUCUCCCAGCCGGGUCGCGUCCUAGGUUCCGCCCCUCCUCAGCCAGAACGCGCAUCUGUCCCCGCUAAGGUCAGUGGCCCGCCUCGGACCUUGGGAGGGGCGGGAAGUACGCCGAAGCCACCGGAUACUAGUAGCGACGCCGUCGAGGCUAGGAGACGAGCAGCCGAAGCUGCAGAGGCCAGAGCACAAGCUGCAUCGUCUAAGAGCGCGGGGAAGCUGGGCUCGCAGUUGGCAGCGCAGAAGAAGCAGACACGCAACGACACACUCAAGGAAAUCAGUAAUAACGAGAUACGGCAGCGAGAUGCUGACGAAGCAGCACAAUCACGCACUCAUAAUUAGCGAGAGGUUUACGAAUCUGAUAUCUCAAUUCUUAGUUACUGUUAAACAUGCUUACUGCUCCCCUUUUAAAAGGAGGAAUCCUUCGUUCAGGUUCGUUUGUAUAUGUUCUGCCUAGCCG